AUGCUCGCGCGAGGCGUGGCUCGGCCGGGCGACGUCUUCGCCAUGACGCAGCGCGGCCUGCGGCUCAAGCUGCCCGUCGUGAUGAGCGUCGACGGCGACAAUCUGAUCUACUGCGCGCUGAACUGCACAGUGACUGAGCGCAUGCCCGCAGACGGCGACGCGCGUGGUGCUCGAGUGCUGGCGGUGCCGUUCCUGCGACCGCAAACGCGCGCCGAUGGGCUUCGACCGCAUGCCAACGAGUACUACCGGCUGCUGGCGCGAGUUCCGCUUUGGGUGGAGCGCACAGUUCUUGUAGAUGCGCCCAGGAUGGAAUUGUAUAUGCCGCGAGUCUUCAAGCAUGGAGAUCCGGCGUACCAGAGACUGCAGGUCAAUGUCGGCCUCGGGCCGUUGCCGGCAGACUGGUUCGUGGCAGGCAUGUUCCCCCCAGAGAAGUCUCAACACGACUGCAUUGUCGUCCGGCCACGGGCAUCUGAAUCAGCCGCUGCUGUCCUUGUCCAUCUUGCCAGCUCGUCAACAGACCGGGAAGUGUCCGACUUUGUCUUGGUCGUUGAGUUGCAGCAGUCCGCAAAGCAUGAAGAUGGUCUCAUCCAACAUGCUACGUCUGAAAAGACACCACAGAGCGCCCCAGCACCUGACCGUCCCGUGCAAAGACCCUUGACCCUGUCUACUCUGAGGGAGAGUGUGUUUAGCGUUGUAGCCAACGUUACGCAAGUGGACAUCAAGACACUGUCAGAAGACAUAGACCUAGGUGAUCUGGGGGUUGACUCACUCAGCAGCAUGGACAUCGCGAGUGAACUGGCCCGCAUACUCAACAUCGACGGCCUUCACUGGUACAUGUUGAUGGGGGUGGCGUCCAUUGGGGACAUUUUGAAGUCACUGCGCUUCGUCACACGGCCCAGCUUUGCCCUGGCAGCUCUUCGUUCAACACACACCUUCGAGACGAGGCGAACGACCCUCGCUGGAUUCCAGCUGAACAGCAUCCUCGGCGAAGCCCACACUGGGCAAAGACAGCCUCGAACACUGCCCUACUCGCCCCCUCGAAGCGGCUGCAGGGCAGACAGCCGGGCAAAGCAGAGCCUGCUGCGAUACAUCUUCCCCCACGCCGCACGCAAAAGAUACCGUGAGCGCCUGCUCGAUUUCCGCCUCGACACCCUCCCCUACUACAAGCACCGCCUGCAGUCGCGCAUAUAUCGCUAUAUCCUCAGUCGCCAACAACGUCGGCUCUCCAAGACCCGCUGGGUUGACCAUAUCAGCAGGGCUGCGCAGAACAGCCGGCGCCUGCUCUUUGGGCCGCAGCCUGGGCCAGCGCGCCAGGGGCAUCACCAGCAUCGGAAGACCCAGGGCUGGCGGGGGAAUGUGCUCGGCAAGACAAUAGGCCCGGGUGACAAAACCAGAGGCGGCAACAUGGCGCAGUCGGGCAGUGGUGGAAGCGGCUACGGAUACGGCUACGGCUACGGUGGCAGCGACCCCGGCCAGUACGCCGACAGGGAGCCUGGCGCCCGGCGCAAGAAGCUCGCGGGCUUUGCCAAGAGUGUCUACCAGGCAGGCGUGGCCACAGCAUCCGAAAUCCGCAAUCAGUACGACAACACGAGGAUACGUGGCGUCGUCGAUGUAGAUGACUCGACCUACAAGGUGUCCAUCCCCGGGUCCUUCCCCGAUGUUUCCAUCAUCAGCAAAGGGGACGAGCAGAUGGUCCUUUUCCCCUCGUACGCCGCCAGGCAUGUCCGGCAGUUCCGAGACGAUGAUAGGCAGCCGUCGGCGCACGUCGACGGCGAGCGCAGGGAGGCCGACCUCAGCGAGGAGGACUACUGGCGCAACGAGUGGGCGAGGAUGGAGGACAAGAAGGCCGUCGUUGACGUCGAUGUGCGAGGAUGGGUGUAUGCGCCGCACAAGGGGCCAAUGACCAGGAAGAACAGGGUCCUGAUCGGCCUCGCAAGAAGGCUCAGCGGCAUACCGCAGCAGACACAUCAGCCGUCCGGGCAGCCCGACUAUCUCAGGACGGGACACGAGGCGCGUGAGGAUGCCAGGGAGCAGCAGAAGAUCGACAAGGAGGCCGAGAUGAUCGAGCGGCGAGGCCAGGCUGAGAAGGAUGCUGCCGUCAAGGGAGGGUACAGCGAGACCCCAAAGGAAGAGGACUCAGAAGGGGAAGGCCCAGGGACUUCUAUACGCAGUCGUAGCGCAAGCGGGACUGCCACGCCCAUGUCUGGGUCUUCUUCUCCGCGGCUAUCUGCACGGCCUGCCAACAACGGCGGCGCCGCCGUGGAGCUGACCGAAGCCGAACUGGCCGCGGCCAACGCCAACCUGAUGGCCCGGCUCGGUCCGUUCCUAACGACGCCGCUGGUCGAGCUCCCUGUGACGCUGUUCUUCUACAACAACGACCAAUCCGUGUCCAGGACGGUCAUGACCAACGACGCUGGUCACUUCUACAUCAGGGCAGCCCUGGACUUUGUGCCCACCCAUGUGCGCGUGUUGGCCAACGAGAAGCUGUCAGCAGUCGAACCUGUCGAUAUCAUCAGCGACAACGGCGUGAGUCUCAUCAGCGACAUCGACGACACGAUAAAGAAGUCUAGCAUCUCCAUGGGUGCCAGGGAGAUCUUUCGAAACACCUUCAUCCGCGACCUCAAAGACCUCACCGUCGCCGGCGUCCGAGAAUGGUACGGCGAGCUCCACAACAUGGGCGUGCGAUUCCACUACUGCUCCAAUAGCCCCUGGCAGCUCUUCCCCGUCAUUGCCACCUUCUUUGGCCUGGCCGGCCUUCCUCCCGGGUCGCUUCAUUUGAAGCAGUACAGCGGUAUGCUACAGGGUAUCUUCGAGCCUGUCGCCGAGAGGAAGAAAGGAACAUUGGAGAAGAUCCUCCGUGACUUCCCCAGGCGGAGAUUCAUACUCGUUGGUGACAGCGGCGAGGCUGAUCUAGAGGUGUAUACUGAUCUAGCGCUUGCGCAUCCGGGCCGGAUCCUCGCCAUCUUCAUACGCGACGUCACGACUCCGGAGCAGACCGGGUACUUCGACUCUGCUUUCAACGGCCCUGCAUCAGCAGGCCCGCCAAGAAGACAACAACCAACUAAUGCGCACUCGAGGAAGGACUCCGGCAGCGACCAUCCUGACCGGAGGCCGGCCCUGCCAUCGCGGGCUACUACCUCGGCUGCGAGACAAGAAGCGCCGGCCGAGGAAGAUUUGAUCGACUUCUCAGACGAGCCACAGAACAUGACAGCGAAGGAAGAGCAUAUUUUGGACAAAUCAAGCGGUAACCCCUCGCCGCCGGCCCCUUCUCAGGAUCAGGCACCACGCAAGAAGCCUCCUCCCCCACGUCCGAGCAAGCCUGCCGCACUCAGGGGCGAAUCCUCGGGCUCGCUCAAGACUGCAGCGCCUGUGAACGAGGGUGACCCGGUUCCUUUGAGCAAGAAGCUAUCUCCAUCCCAACCCAGGAGCUCAACUGCACAUCCCCUCGCACAGACACAGAAUUCGUCGGCUCAGUCUUUGGGAAAGAGCCCGACCCUGCCUCCUAGGAAACCAAGCUACGGGAGUAAUAGCAAUGCCGGUUCUAUAAAAUCUAACAACAAUUCCUCCAACGCUCCAUCGCCUCCCGCUUCAUACUCUGCAUCAUCAAGCAAACAGCCGCCUCCCCCGCCCCCGCCGCGCCGCCGCGGUACCCCUUCUUUGAUCAGCUCCAGUCCCCGGCAGCGGGCCCUCAAGCGUGCCACGUCCAACUCGGACAUCGACAGCCUCAACCUCGAUUCAUCCACCUCCAUGAUGGACUCCGAGGCCCUCCUCGAUUCCAUCACGGCCGAUACCCAGGCAAACAUCGAUUUCCUGCAGCGUCUCGUCCAGGCUGCCUCUCCUAACCCGCCAGGCGACACCCGCGCCGCGGCCGCUGUGAUCCGCGACUACCUGUCCUCGCAGCACAGCAUCGAGAGCCACGUCAUUGCGCCCGGCGGGGAGCAGCUGCCCAAUGUGGUCGCCGAUUUUGCCUGCGGCGUGGCGCAGGGUCCGAGGCUCGCCAUGAACGGACACAUGGAUGUAUUCCCCGCCGGGGAUGGCAAGGACUGGGAGCGCAGCCCGUGGUCUGGAGAUAUCGUCGACGGGAGGCUGUUCGGCAGGGGCACGGUGGACAUGAAAGCGGGUACCGCGGCCAGCGUGAUCGCGUUUGCCUACCUGCACCGCCACAGGGAGCAUCUGAGGGGCAGUGUCGCACUUUGUGCUGUCAGCGACGAGGAGACGGGCGGCAGGUUCGGGACGAAGUGGUUGCUGGGCCAUGACGAGGACGGCAGGGAGCUGGCCGACGGGGAGAGGAGCAAGUGGGCGGGCGAUGUGGCCAUCAAUGCCGAGCCUGGUGGACUGAACACGAUCCGCUUCGCGGAAAAGGGGACGCUAAGGCUGACCUUCACUGUUGACACGGGCCCAGGGGCCCACGGAGCUUAUACGCACCUGGGCAAGAGCGCGACGAGGAUCGCCGCCCAGUUGAUCUCUGACCUCGCUGCCGUGGAGGCGAUUGUGCCUGAGUUAGACCCCGGGCUCAAGGAGCACUUGGAGAGGGAGGAUGUGAGAGAGGCCAUUGACAAGUGCAUGGGGAAGGGCGCGGCUGAUAUCGCCAUGAAGUGCACCCUGAACAUUGGCACACUCCACGGCGGCCUCAAGGUCAACAUGAUACCCGGGCACUGUGUCUUCGAGGCGGAUAUCAGGAUGCCCCUGGGCCUCAAGGCCGACCAUGUCAUGACUGUGAUCCACCAGGUCCUGGAAAACUACCCAGAGGCCGAGGUCGACAUCCAAACAGCGGCCAGCAACCCGGCAGCCGCGUGCGCGCACGACCACCCCAUGGUGGAUAUUCUGGCACGGCAUGCGGAGAGGGUUACGGGGCGAAAGCCAUUGGCAAUACCGAGCAUGGGAGCGACGGACUGCAAGUUUUAUCGCUACCGCGACAUUCCGGCAUACAUUUUUGGUGUACCACCGGAUACAAUGGGCGCAAAGGACGAGAGCGUGUCAAUUGAGGACUUCCUGGCUGUCGUCAAGACUCAUGUUCUUGCAGGCUGGGAGUAUCUCGGCGGCUCGGUAUAA